AUGGCUCAAAACGAUCUUAUUGAUCUCAUUCAGCAGGAUCGCAGCGCCCUCGCUGAUACAACCAAAGGCUUCGCACAAGACACCAAGGAGAAUCAAGCCAAACGAGCCAACGAUGCUGCUAAUCAAGUCGCGAUGUUCCUACAAGGUGAAGACAUGGUCAUCUACCCAUCUAUCAAGAAAAACAUGCGUGAGGGAGCGGCUUUAGUUCAAGAAAGCCUCAAACGCCUGCGUCCUAUCAUCCAAGACUUGGCUCGCCUCGAGAGGAUGAGUGUUGAAGAUAGUGCUUUCCAGAGCACCUUUGACGACACAUUCAAUCGCUUCUUUGAGCACUGGGACCACGAAGAUCAAACCUUGCGCCUUCUACGUGAUGCUAUGUGUGAAGCUGAGUACAACCUGCUUGGUCCUCGCUGGCUCGCUGUUCGCUUAUUUGCCCCUUCUCGUACUGCAGAUGCUGGACAUGCAGGCUCUGUUAUGGCUGUUCAGCAUCACCAGCGCCAGCACCAACAGCAGCGACAUCAAUCGCUCACUCAAUGCUUGAAUGAUCUCCUUGACACCGCUCAAGAGAUGCUCUCAAAGAUGAAGACUUCAUCCGUUGGUGAUGAUCAAAAGGAACAGGGGUCAGUCAAGAGCCCGGAGCCCCAAGUUGGAAGCGUAGGCGAUCCAAAGGCUGCCACUGAAGAGACAUCCUCACUUGAUUCUGAUCAUACACCACAGACUAAAGCAUGCAAAUGUGUUGAAACGUGCGAUUGUGCCGCCAAGGACAAUGUCUCAAAGCCUACCACAAGCACCGCUUGA